AAACCAAUUGCAUAGAUAACAGGUUGAUCGAUCCAUAUACUGUUUCAUAUCCCCUGUAACGAGGUGCAGACGAGAACAAUGAGAAUCCCGCACACGAUAUCGAGAAACGUUGUAGCUACGUACAGAUGCUCGCCAGAAACCUCGCUGCUACCGCAGGAGCAAGGAAGGACGCUUCGAGCGGAAGACGCCUCGUGGGAUGACGGUGUAAUCCCCGAUUUAAAGAUCCUCGCACUUCGUUCCAUAGUUUCGACCUGGAAGGAUAACCCCGUUCUAGAGGAUCUGCCGACGUGCGCCGAUAGGGACGUACUGGUGGAAACACUGCCGACUGAUCUACCCCUCGAGUUGACGAUACCGAGAAUCGAGGAUGAGUUUUAUUGGGAACGCGCGGCCAAGGACAGGUGGGAAUACAACGAUCCAAGUGAGCAUGGUAACUCAUGGCGGCGAUUAUAUUGUGAACGCCACUUAGCCGAGUAUCUCGAAACUUUGCAGGCGAGCUACUUCGAGCCUCAAAGAGAAGAAUGUGAGAAAUUGAUGGCUCUCGUAAGGAACUAUAUACAUGUCAUAAGGCUUCGUUCUCUUGUGUCAACAAAAAAGCAGAAACGAGCUGAUACAGAGAAUGAUGAAUUAAUCCUAGAGGAAGACGUCGUGCAUCAUAUUCCCAUGGCUGUUAUACUUCCACAGUUCCCGCAUCUCACAGAGAUUUAUCUUAAUUUCGGUAUGAUCUACAUGAAUGACGGUUUCGAGUGGCGAGACUUUGAGUUUUCGUUGGAGGAUUGCUUAAGUCUGGGGGAAGGAAUUAAAGCCAGCCCGAAACUGAAGAAAUUUAGUUUAACCCGGAGCAACUUGGACCAGCCCCGAGUCGCUGCUAUUCUCCAAGGGAUGGUGUCGAACGAUAACAUCGAGGAAUUGGAUCUGUCGCAUUGCAAGUUGAUGGAUAACGGUGCACACGCAGUGGGUGAAUUUCUGUCGAUGCACCGGAAACUGAGUAGUCUAUAUUUGACAAAUAACAAUAUAGGACCGAAUGGAGUUGCCGGUAUCGUUCAUGGAUUAAUAAAAGCUAGCUCGACAGCUUUAAAACAUUUGGACCUCCGACUGAAUCCUUUACAAAAUGAAGGAGCUAAUCAUAUAUGCGCUCUCCUGAUAAGAAAUAAAACAUUGGAAACAUUGAAUAUCAGUGGCUGUGAAUUAGGUCCGGAAGACGGUAUAGCAUUGGCCGAUGUACUCGCUUCCGGUUGCGUGGAACUCGAAGCCUUAUCUCUCGAUGUAUCAAACAAUAAUUUUGGAUUUACCGCUGGAGAGUCAUUCGAGGCGGCCGUAAGCUCACACCCGUACAUUAUCCACUUGGAUGGUCGAAUGUGCAAUUUCUCGAAAGAAUCGGAGUGCUCGAUCAUGGAAAGCGCACACAGGAAUAAACAAAACAUGAAAAAGGAGAAGCAUAAGACGGCGUUUUCCCAAAGCAGCUAUGUCUAUAAUUCAUUCAGUGCCAAGAAUCUGCAACAACAGCCGGAAGUUAGGUCGUCAUUCGCAGAACCAAAGGAUAUUGUGCAACGUUUUUCUGGCAGACAAAUCGAUGCCGAAAAGAAUGAACAGGAGAAGAUGAAAUCAAUUCUCAAGGUCCAACAUUCAAGUAGCCCCGUAUAUUAGAA